AUGGUAGUUCAGACAUUAAGGGAGCAUCAGUUGUACGCUAAGUUCUCCAAGUGCGAGUUUUGGUUAGAAAGCGUUGCUUUUCUAGGUCACGUUAUGUCUAGAGAUGGUAAAGCGAAUGUCGUGGCAGAUGCCUUGAGCAGGAAGUCAGUAUGUAGUCUUACUCAUAUCAGUGCGGAGAAGAGACAUCUGACCAAAGAGCUGCAAGAAUUAAUCAGGAUGGGUACUAGGCUGUGUGUUCCCGAUGUGGAUAAUCUUAGGAAGGAGAUUUUAGAUGAGGCUCACUGUAUAGCUUACUGCGUGCAUCCAGGCUCUACCAAGAUGUAUCACAAUUUGAAUGGCAAUUAUUGGUGGAGUGGAAUGAAAAGGGAUGUGGAAGAGUUUGUCUCCAAGUGUUUGACGUAUCAACAGGUGAAAUUGGAGCAUCUGAAGCCAUCAAAGUUGUUAGAACUACUUCCCAUACCAUAG